GACGUUCAUAUAGCGCGCCGCUCGUUUUUGGCCGGACAGAACAUCAUCAUUCAUUUUCCUCCCGUUGCCUCUAGGUACCCCUUCAGAACCUGCGCGAUGGGCAAGAAGGGAAAGAAAGAGAAGAAGGGCCGCGGCGCGGAGAAGACGGCCGCCAAGAUGGAGAAGAAAGUGUCCAAGCGCUCGCGGAAGGAGGAGCCCCGAGACUCCUCGUUUACCCCGUCGUUUCCUCUUCUGUUCGGUUCCGCUUGCCUCCCUUACUGUAUGUAGAGUGAAGCAGCUUGGUGAGGCUUAGUGGAGGAGAACUGAAGUUGAGUGACUCCUGCUUUGUCCAGACCAGGUUGACCUAGAACCCAGAGAACUCCCGUUGCUUCUGCCUCCCGAGUGCUGGAAUUGAAGGUUCCUGCUCUAACCUCCUUUCAUGAAGGAGUGUAAACCGUGGAAUGAGGAAGACCUGGAGGCCCUCAUAGCCCAUUUCCAGACCCUGGAUGCCAAAAAGACCCAGGUCACAGAGACACCAUGUCCUCCACCCUCCCCACGGUUAAAUGCCUCCCUGUCUGCUCAUCCUGAGAAAGAUGAAUUAAUCCUUUUCGGAGGUGAAUAUUUCAAUGGCCAAAAAACCUUCAUGUAUAACGAACUCUACAUCUACAGUAUUAGAAAGGGCACCUGGACGAAAGUUGACAUCCCUGGCCCACCUCCCAGGCGCUGUGCUCAUCAGGCGGUGGUGGUACCCCAGGGUGGUGGGCAGCUGUGGAUCUUCGGGGGGGAGUUUGCAUCUCCUGAUGGCGAGCAGUUCUACCAUUACAAGGACCUCUGGGUUCUGCACUUGGCCACCAAGACCUGGGAACAGAUUCGAUCGACAGGGGGUCCUUCAGGGCGAAGUGGGCAUCGGAUGGUGGCCUGGAAACGACAGCUGAUUCUUUUCGGUGGCUUCCAUGAAAGUACGAGGGACUACAUCUACUACAGUGAUGUGUACACGUUCAGCCUGGACACCUUCCUGUGGAGCAAGCUGUCCCCAUCAGGCCCCGGGCCCACGCCCAGGUCAGGCUGCCUGAUGGCUGUCACUCCCCAGGGCAGCAUAGCCAUCUAUGGAGGCUAUUCUAAGCAGAGAGUCAAGAAAGAUGUGGACAAAGGCACCCAGCACUCAGACAUGUUCCUGCUGAAGCCUGAGGACGGGGGAGAAGACAAAUGGACUUGGACCCGGGUUAACCCUUCAGGGGUCAAGCCUACUGUAAGGUCUGGCUUUUCUGUGGCUGUGGCUCCCAAUCAUCAGAUCCUGGUCUUCGGGGGCGUGUGUGACGAGGAAGAGGAGGAGCACCUGGAGGGCUCCUUCUUCAAUGACCUGUACAUCUACGAUGCUGCCAAGAGUCGAUGGUUUGCAGCACAGCUGAAGGGCCCCAAGUCAGAGAAGAAGAGACGGAGGCGGGGCAAAGCAGACGACCCGGAAGGAGCCACUGAGGAGGAGACUGGGGGGACCAGUGCCCCAGAGCCGCUGGAGGUGAUAAAAGAGGUGGUGUCUGAAGACGGGACAGUAAUUACCAUUAAGCAAGUGCUCACUCCCUCAGGGUUGGGGGUGCAACCCCCACCAAAGGCUGACGACAGUGCUUCGGAAGCCAGCAGCACUGGGCAGGAGCCAUGUCCACGUUCCAGUGCCAUGCUGGCUGUCAAGCAUGGACUGCUCUAUGUCUACGGCGGCAUGUUUGAAGCUGGUGACCGCCAGGUGACCCUUAGUGACCUCUACUGCCUUGACCUUCACAAGAUGGAAGAAUGGAAAACCUUGGUGGAGAUGGAUCCAAAGUCACAGGAGUGGCUGGAGGAGUCGGACUCGGAAGAGGACAGCAGCUCCGAUGAAGAGGGUGCAGAGGGGGGAGAUGAAGACCAGGAGGAGGACAGUUCGGAGGACAGUGCGGAGGAGGGAGCAGAUCCGCAGCACCCAGAGGUGGCACAUGGGGAGCAAUACGAAGAGUACUUGUCCCGGACUGAACAGCACUGGCUGAAGCUCGCCCGGAACCAUGUGGGGCCCGAUGCAAAGGAGAAGAAAGUGUUGAGAGUAGCCCAGGCCAUGGCAAAAGCAUGCUUCGACGAUGCAGUUCCAGACAUUGCACAGGCCAAACAUUAGACGGAGCGGAGCGGUGGACUCAACACUGGCAUCGAGCCAGGUGUGAGGAGGCCCCUGCAGAGACGGUCCUCUGUGGAGCCUUGGUUGUCCACAGUCUGAUGGGGGCUACCCUGCCUUCACAGUGGCCUCUGCCCACGCUGAGGGAAGGUGAAUGGGAUGUGAAUUUGAGGGGCCCACAGGCUGUGUGCUUCUGUCCUAAUAAAACUGGGCUAGCUGUGUG